AUGGACUCUGUUCCUUCAGCAUCAAGUUUCUCACUCCCACUUCCGUCAUGGCAACAACCCAUUAGUGUCCGCGUUGCUCGCUAUGAACGCAAAAAGCGGAAAAAGGAUCUUGAUGAUUGGGGAGAUGGCGAAAAUGAUACCGAAGGUGAAACAACCGAUGCUGCAUCAGAGGGAGUGCCUCCUGGUCCCUCUCUUACAUUGUCGCCAGACGAAGCUCACCAGUAUCGUGUUGCUGGUCUUUCCUUCGACGAAGAACUCCCGGGGGGAAACUUUCCUCAUGCCCCGGCCAAUGAGGGGCCCUCGACCAGACAAGGACGGGAUGAAACCUUGAAAGAGUUGUCUCUGAUGUCCCUUCCCAUGUACCCUCCACAGUCUGCGGCUCAUCAAGGCAACAUCCGAGUACAGCACUUCGCCGUCCUCUCGUCCAUCUUGCAUCGCUGUCUUCUUAAGAGGGACUACAUCCGUGCUGGUAGAGCAUGGGGAUUGAUUCUUCGUGAGGAAUACCGGGGCAUCCCACUUGAUGUGCGCACUGAAGGAAGAUGGGGCAUCGGGGCUGAAAUACUGCUCCGACGGGACCGCCAAAUAUCCGACAUUGCUUCUGGUGCUGCCAGAGACGACGAAGAAAUUCAGAGGAAAGAUCCAUCCAAGAUCUACUUUACACGGAGAGGCCUCGAAGAUGCGAAGCAAUACUACGAGAGACUUAUUAUUCAACACCCGUUUCGGAAAUCUGCGCCAGACGCUUUAAGUUCUUUACAUUUCUAUCCAGCCAUGUUUGGACUUUGGGUAUAUGUCACGCACGAGGAGAGCCGUGUUUCCCGUCAAAAUAUUUGGAAUAGACAUGAUGAGCCAUCAGAAGCAUCGGAGGAUGAAGAUGAUGCAUCGGAUUUUGAAGGUCCUCAUGGCUCCAGGAAGAGGACUCAGGUUCUCAUUGCAGAAGCAAGAAAGAUCGAAUUAGAUGAAGCACAGAAGAUUGCGGCCAGAAUGGACGAGAUCCUUAUGUCUCCCCCGUACUCCGAUUCUCCCGACUUACUCGAACUGAGAGGCAUGGUCUCGCUUUGGAUUGGAGAUUUGUUUAUGUCUUCUCUGCCCUAUCCAGAAAGCGAUGAGUACGACGAAGAUAACAACGCUGAGUCCACAGAAGACUCUAUUCAAAUGAGACGAGAGCAGAGACUAGCGGCAGACAAAAGGCAGAGUGAGAUACAAAAAUCGGAGGAAUUCUUCGAGAAAGCAAAGCAGCGUGGCAAGGGAGUGGCUUCCACGUUCGAGGAACUUCAUAUUGGUGAUGACGAUGAUGUUACUUUUGGGUGA